GACGUCAGUGAAGGGUUGUAAUCGGUCACGUGGGCAGCGCAGGUCGGAAUAAAACGCUCCUCUGGACUACGCCGUCUAUUUAUUUAGAUCCCUGUGCACUGCAGGGAUUUUUCAGCGCACUGAUUUUACGAUAAUUUAGGUAGGACAUAAAAUCCAUGUGAAUAGACGAGGUAAGCGGUGAGGAAUUGUCGUUUAAUCUUCAAAGAAAUCCGGAGGCGCAUUCAUCCGCAGAUCAUCCUUCUGUCUUCGUGAUGGAAGUUUUUGCUGUUUACAGAACAUAAUCUGCACAAAUGUGGCAACGGAUAUCUUUGCAACUCUCAGUUCAUGGUGCGGGAAUGGGAAAUGAUGGAGGAUAAAGGGCCCCGUGUAGCCGACUACUUUGUGGUUGCUGGCCUCACCGAUUCCUUCAAGCCCCUGGAGGAGGACCUGCACUUUGAUGAUGCCGGCACCAAGUCUGUUAAACCCAAAGCCCCUAUUACCGACGUUGCUGUGGUGAUACGGUCCCUCGGUGAAGAGGUGCCCCCGGGCUUCACCUGUGUGGAGAGCACCCCCUCAGGCCUCUCAGCAGAGCUUAAUGGAGCCAGCCUCAGGGGCCCGCAGAUCUUCUUGUGCUACAAAAGAGGCAGAGAUAAGCCUCCACUGACAGAUCUUGGUGUCCUUUACGAGUGGAAAGAGAAGCUGAAGCCUGGAUGCCACAUAGUGCAGACCACGCCCUCAGGCCGCCCCGCCAACAUCAGCAGCUCGUCCUCCCAGCGCAUCUACAUCACAUACCGUCGCGCGCCCAAGAGCCAGCCUCACACUUCCCUGGCUGUCACCGAUGUCUGCGUCAUCGUCCCUGGCAAGGGGGAGACGCCUCCUCACACCUUCUGCAAGGUGGACAAGAACCUCAACAGCAGCAUGUGGGGAUCUUCAGUCUACCUUUGCUAUAAGAAGUCUCUUGCUAAAGCCAACACAAUUGCAUACAAAGCAGGUUUGUUGUGCAGGUAUCCUGAAGAGGACUACGAAUCUUUCCCACUGCCUGAGUCAGUCCCUAUGUUCUGCCUGCCCAUGGGGGCGAUGAUAGAGUGCUGGCCAGCUCACACCAAACACUCCCUGCCUGUUUUCUCCACAUUCGUACUGACGGGGGCUUCUGGAGAAAAGGUGUACGGAGCAGCUAUCCAGUUCUACGAGCCUUACCCAGAGGAGAACCUUUCGGAGCGUCAGCGCUCACAACUCGGCCUGCCGAGCUGUCAUCUCGGACCCGACAGCGGCAGAAAUGUUUACAACAACAAGAGCAUCUGCUUACUCUCCCACUGGCCCUUCUUCCAGUCCUUCAAAAGCUUCCUCACCUUCCUCUACAGAUAUUCCAUCUCUGGACCACAUGCACUGCCAAUUGAGAAGCACAUCUCUCACUUCAUGAAAAAUGUUCCGUUUCCCUCCACCCAGAGGCCAAGAAUCCUUUUGCAGUUGUCUCCACAUGACAGCCUGAUUCUAAGCCAACCUGUGUCCUCUCCACUGCCUCUUAGCGGUGGGAGCCUCUCCACACUACUGCUGAAUUUGGGGCCAAAAAAUGCAGUCACCCUGCUCGUGCUGGCCGUCACCGAGCACAAGAUCCUGGUUCAUUCCUUGCGUCCAGCUGUGCUCACCAGUGUUACCGAGGCCCUCGUGUCUAUGAUCUUUCCUUUCCACUGGCCUUGCCCCUACAUCCCUCUGUGUCCGCUGGCCUUGGCAGAUGUUCUUAGCGCACCCUGCCCUUUUAUCGUGGGUUUGGACAGCAGAUACUUUGACCUUUAUGUGCCUCCUGCUGAUAUCAGCUGUGUUGAUUUGGACACCAACACCAUCUCCCAAAAAGACGAAAAGAAGGCUCUAACGUGGAAAAUCUUGCCCAGGAGAGCCUGUAAACACCUUCUGAACAGCCUGAAUAAGCUCUAUCAGCAGCUCACCGAGGGUUGCCAGUUAAACCGUGAUGAUGUGCAGAUGGACCACACGGUCACCGACAGCGAGCUUUAUGAUGGAAAGAGCCUCCACACUCUUGAGCUGGAGAUCCAAGAAGCUUUUCUUCGCUUCAUGGCAGCCAUCCUUCGAGGCUACCGCUCCUACCUGCAGCCCAUCACCCAAGCCCCCUCUGAGAAGACCACGGAUGUCACCUCCCUUUUUGACCUCCAAGGCUUCUUGAAGAGCAGAGACCGGUCCCAUCAGAGGUUUUACUCCCUCAUGACCAAGACUCAGUUGUUCAGCCGCUUCAUUGAAGAGUGCUCCUUUGUCAGUGACAAAGAUGCCAGCCUGGCUUUCUUUGAUGAGUGCGUUGAUAAGUUAUUCACAUCUGGGAACAAGAUGGACAGCGAACGGCCAGAGGACACCAGGCUGAUCGAGCUGGAUGAAUCGCACCGUAGCGAGCACACAGUUUAUAUCAACCCUCCGGAACUGCCUCUUCUGCCUCAAGGAGAAGAGCAUCCUCUGUGCUAUAGCUACUCUGGGUUUCCUGUGCUGAUGUCUGAACUUUUGGAGCCCCUGGAAGGACCAGAUUCUGUCUCAGCAGGCAUCGGCUCACGCCACAGCACCCCAGCCAGUCCGACAGCCGUCUUUAGACGCUCAAAACAGGAGAUGAAAUCAGCUCAGAAGAUGGCCAAAACACACUCAUCUGUGCCUCAGAUGUGGUCCAAGUGUUUGCUUCGGCACUGCUACGGCUUGUGGUUUAUUUGCCUGCCAGGAUUAGUGGGAAACUGCCACUCCAAGGUGCGAGCCCUGCGCACAGCUUACGAUGUGUUGAGGAAGAUGCAAGACAAGAAGCUGCAGGCUCCUGAUGAGGUGUGCUACCGUGUGCUGUUGCAGCUGUGCGGUCAGUACAGCCAGCCCGUGUUGGCUGUCAGGGUGCUCUUUGAGAUGAAGAAGGCAGGAGUUCAGCCCAAUGCUAUCACUUAUGGAUGCUAUAACAAGGCGGUGUUGGAGAGCACCUGGCCCUCCACCACCAGAGGAGGCUACUUCCUGUGGGGGAAACUGAGGAACGUGAUCCUCGGCGUGCUUCAGUUCAAGCAAGCAGGGAAAAAACAACAGACCCCACACAGAGACCCCCAGCUUUCUGACGGCAGUGAUCUGGACACAGUCAGCCAUGGCAGUUUAGACAGCACUAAUGACUCUGCGGAGCGCACCUCCAUCGAUACCGACUUCACUAAAAUGGACUCCAGUGAUGAUGGAUUGAGUACAGGUGGGCAGUCUGAUCAAGGCUACGAUUCCUUGUCGAAAGACGAUGAGAGGCUGUGCAACCGGGAAACUGACAACGUGGCACCGGUGGAAGAAAAAGGACCGAGACAGCCCAACGGUGGUGCCAGGGUUGUUCCUAGGCCUAUUGAGACUCCGCUUUGCCCUACGCUGCCAAAGACGGAGCGGCCCAAAUCCCUGGACUUGUCCGGUGGACAGGGAUUAGUGAUGCUCACCGUCCCCGCACUUGGUUCGACCAAGCAGCAGCAUCUUGCUGCUGACAGACUGCACGGUGUGGAAGAGGAGGACACAGAGACUGACAAACAAAAAUCAGUCGGGGAGAGACGGACAGAUAUAGAGAGGGGGCAUGAUCCCUUGUCACAGAUGGCGGCAGCAGGAACGGAACAGCGGUGUGACCCGGGCAAGGCCAGCUCACCUCCUGCGGAAGUGACUGAAACGUUCAUAAAUAACAGCAACAGCCCUUUGAGCAGCCGCUCACCCAGCAUGGAGCUGCAGAACCCGUCGAGCCCACUGUUUCGCUCCACCUCGUCAGCUCACACGUCCCCACAGUCGUCCAAGCUCACCCACUCCAGCACACACGUCUCAUUCCCCGUGAGAUCCAAGGAGAGGCUGAGGCCGUCGCCAUCUCUUCCUCUGGGCAUGUGUAACAGAGACAGGGAAAGACCCUCUUCCUUAGCUCUACCACCCUCGCCCAGUCCCUCCACCUCGUCGUUUUCCAUGGACUCGCUGUUGACUCCGACGCUGGAUAUCUUCAAGAGCAGUGUCAUAUCAGCAGGGAAGGGCGUGGCCGAGAAGGCCAGUCGCCUCUACUCCCGUUUGUCCUCGCAGACGUCAUUAACGCAGGAUGGAAACAGUGACCGUAUGAGCAUUUCCUCGCUGACCUCCGCUGAGGUGGACUGCUCCUCCCUGCUGGAUAACGACUCCUGCCUGGAUCCUAAUGGCUUCACUUCACCACAGCAUGGGAGCGGGUCACGAGUCAGGAGAAGCCCUGCCGCGGUUCACCAAAGCAACCUGAGCAGCCCCAGUAGCCCCAACAGAGUGUUCAGACAUAACUCCUUCUCUGGUGGUUUGGCGCUUCCCUCUAAAGGCGCACGCACUCCAGAUUCUUCUCCUGAUGUCAGCCGCUUCCAGCCCAGCCCUAAUUACACCAUAGAGGUGCUGAUGUCUAGCUGUUCACUUUGUAAGACAUGUGACUGCCUGGUGUAUGAUGAGGAGAUCAUGGCAGGCUGGACAGCAGAUGACUCAAACCUCAACAGCACCUGUCCUUUCUGUGGAACUGCCUUCCUGCCUUUCCUCAAUGUGGAAAUCAAAGAUCUUAGACCACAAAAUAGGUCAUCUAAGUGGACUAAUCCCGUUGAAGAGGAGGACACGUCUGCGCUGCUCAGCCCCGAAGCCAAGACAUGUGAGACAGCUCAGCCAUCUGCAGCUCCUGCACCGGAGCAGACGAGCAGCUGGGGUGUUCACAAUGACGAGCCAGUCCUGGCACGGGCGUCAGCUCCCGAUCCGGUGACAGUGCCGUACCUGAGCCCCCUGGUUCUCUGGAAGGAGCUGGAGAGCCUGCUGGUGAACGAGGGGGACCAGGCCAUCUCGUCGCCGAGCGUUGUCGACCAGCAUCCCAUCGUCUUCUGGAACCUUGUGUGGUACUUCAAAAGGCUGGAGCUACCGAGCAACCUGCCGGCUCUCAUCCUGGCUUCCCAGCACUGCAGCCACGUCGACCAGGCUCCCCAGACCACUUCAUCUGAGGAUGGCAAGCAGGUGCUGGUGAGGAUUAUGUGGGACAACUUGAAGCUGCACAAAGACAAAGUUCAACCCUGCUACGUCCUGUGGAAUACACACUGUGCCAACUCUUUGAUCCGCUCGGGGCUGUGUGAAGAAGGGCAGCUCUUCACGGUGGAGCUGCUGCAGGGCUUUGUGAGAAGCAUCAAGAAGAGCGACGUCUAUCAGCCUAUGAGCCAGAUCAUCCAGCUGCUGGGGCCCGAGUUGGGUUUCAAGAGGCAGAGGAGCCUUUACAGAGAUUUACUGUUUCUAACUCUCGUGGCUUUGGGGAAGAACAACAUUAAUAUCAACGCUUUUGACCGGGAGUACAGGCUGGCCUAUGAUCGCCUCACCCCCAACCAAGUUAAACUGACUCACAACUGUGACAGGCACCCGGGCGCCGGGGUCAUGGAGUGCAGGAGGACUUUUGGAGAACCCACUUUGUGAACGUCAUGAUAAAAAAAAAAAAAAAGUCUGUAUAUAUGUAUAGAUGACUUGAACAGUCACUGCUGCUGUCAUGUUGGACUGCUCUUCACACUCAGGACCGGCUCACCUGACUUGGGCAUGGAGCUCUUAGUAAGCACAAUGGAACAACCCACCCCUUAAUGCAAAGUAAACUGCCAUGAGUCUCUUGUACUGUUAGAGCUGAGAGGUAUGAAGGCCUUGUGUUUGUAAUUAUUUGAGAAAAUUGAGCAUAUUUUGAAUAUCGCUGUAGUAGCGCGUUUGUACAGUUGUCGUACGGUCUAUUGUGUGAUUUUAAAUUUGUGUUGAAGUGGUGAAGAAGUGGGUAAAUGUGAGCAAAAGAUCACGUUAUGAAAUGGUUCUCAGUGGUCCUGAUGACCUCGAUUGACCUGUUGUCGCUUUUAGAUGUCCAUGAUUUCACGAAGCACUUUGCCAGGAUGAGCUGUGUGUUCUCUGUUAUGUAACUCAGUGGUCCUGCAGCCAUGGCUGCAAAGUCACACUUUGUUCAGCAUUCGCAGGGGGUUGGCGCACUGACAUUUGACUUGGAUUAAUUUAACAUAUACCCGCUAUACGUGCACUCUGUAAAACUCUCAUAGCCAUGCUCAGUCAGCUGGAUACAUUAAGCCAGACGGUAAUACCAAUGCUGGUUUGGCACUGACAGUUAACACAUAUCUACUGUCUUCAACUGUUUAAUGCAACACACAAUAAGGGAUGGUAUUUAUAUCAUUUAUUUCCACGUUUCCAAGCUUUUUUAAAAGCGGCAGUUAAAAAACUUGUAUAAUAUGCAGCCAAAAUGGAGAUGUGCUAAAAAAAAAA